GAGGCUGAGCUCUCGCUGCCCGUGAGCCGGUGCCGGGAACACAGGGCAGAGCCGCGAGCUCAGCGUGGGUGGGACUGUCCCAGCCCCGGGACAGAGCUGCCAGCAGGACCUGCUCCCUCCCAGGGGUGGGUCCAUCCCCCACAAACGCAUCCCGGCCAUGAGGUCACGGCAGGGCUGUGAGGUCACAGAGCCCCGUGGUCCCACAGCACCACAAUGACCCACCACCACUCAGUCCCUGACUGCAACUGUUGCGGCAGCAGCGGCGGCGGCAGCGGUGUCAGAUUUGGUGGCGUUUGGACAGUGAUUACUGGACAGUGAUUACUGGACAGAGAUUGUACAACAGCGGUGUCAGGACAGCGGUGUCAGGACAGCGGUGUCAGGACAGCGGAGGCAGCAGUAGCUGCCGGACGGUGUGAGGGCCAGGGGCCAUGGCCCUUGCUCUCCGCCUCCUCCUCCUCCUCCUCCUGGCAGUGGCCCUGCACGCCAGGGCUGCCCAGGCUGCUCCGGUGCCAGCGCGGGGAGCAGGUGAGGAUCGUGACUUGGAUUAUCUGGAAGAUGAUGUUUUGAAGUUCUUCUGGCCUCCUGGAGGUCCUCCAACAGGCAAGAACCAACUUCCAGGAAAAAAAAACUCCCCAGAGCCAUUUGAACUUCUGGACAAGAUGCUGAGUGAACUGGAACAACGGCGAGGUGAGGGUACUGGGAAUACUUCUCCAGCACCUUUGACAGAAAAUUCUUUAGAGCCUUCAGGGAUUCCUGCAGGUCCUCCAACAGGCAAGAACCAACCUCCAGGUGAAAAGAAAUCCCAGGAGGCAAUGGAACUUCUGGACAAGAUGCUGAGUGAACUGGAACAACGGCGAGAGAUGGACCGAGAGGCUGUGCUGAAAGCGGUGGUUCCAAAAGAAAUAAAUGACUCUUUGCCAGAGUCCCCUGAAGGAAGGAAGGCAAUGCCAGCCACUGGCAAGCCGGACGUGGUUGGCAAGGCAGGAACACAGGACCAAAAACCCCAGAGCGUCAGGAAGUUUCUAUGCCCCCAGGACGUGCGCAAGCACUGCAUGGUGGGCACAGUGGUGGUACUGUUCACUGUGCCUCUGGCCAUGAUCUUGUGCUAUGUGGGGAUCCGGUGGUGGAUUGACAGCAAAGAGCGCCCAAAACCCCAGCCAGGACUGCGCCGCUCCCCUUCGCCUCCAGAGAGCCCCAGGAACGUCCAUUUGGACACGUCUCGGAGAGGGGCUCAACACCAGCAGCCCUACAGAAAACUGGAGCCCCAGCCCUCUGUGCCUCCCCCACGCCCUCCCCCAAUUCCCCAGCCGCGGCGGCAGGACCUGCCCGACAUCCCCCUGCCUCCUCCUCCUCCUCCUCCUCCUCCUCCGCCCCCCCCAAGCCUGCUGACCUAGUCCUGCAGCCAGGACUGAAAGGGGCUUGGGCCCACCAAUAGCUUUGGGCAUCUGUUCUUCUGUACAAAUAGUAUGUGUUACCCAUAAGCCAGGUUCAGUUUCCAUAUUGAAAACCUUCAACAGGAAGGGCUGAAGACUCCUCCCGUGCCCUGGAUUCCUUUGCUACUUUCAUUUUUGUACAGCUGGGUGCUGGCUGAGUCUCCUCAAAGAACUUUAUUUGCGAUAGCUGAAGAACAGAAGGAAAAGAACAGCAGUCUCCCCUCUGUCUGCAAAAAAACAUCUCAGCAGAAAUUAAAAUGCCAAUGGAAUAAAAAUAUGACUGUCAUGAAACACUUUGCUGAUGGAUAAAAGCUUCAACAUUCCAAGGUGUAUUCCAUGAACAAGAGAACACAUGGAUCCCUGUGUGCCAUGCCCAUAUCCACCGCUGCCUUCAGGCAUGGGGUUGGUAAAUCUCCUUCAGACAAACACAAUGAGAGCUCCUGAAUUUUGCACAGGAAUCUGAAAAGCACAUAAAAGCCCAGAAGGAUCCAAGUCUUGAAACGAUUCAGCUUGGUGCUCCUUUCACACCUACACCAGCUCAGGACCCAAAUCCCAACAGCCAGUCUUCCACUUCAUCCCUCGGAUCACAGGAGCUGUGGAUAUACCUGUUGGACACCUACCAGGCUGGGCUGCACCCAAACUGCAACACUUCUGUUUUAAACACAUCUGUGAGGAAAUAAAAGGUUGUGGGCAGUGUGUCACACCUUCCUGCAUGCUCACCCUGCAGGCAGGAGACCUGUGUCUAUGUCUUCUCCAAGGCCUUGCUGUACCUGCAUCUUCCGACCCCAGGAGCGAGACUGGGCGAACCACCAGGGCUGGACAUGAGGCAGAGCACAGGGACAUCUUCUGCUCUUUCUGUUGAACCUCCACCACUGUGAAAGGAGUUUGAGACUUGCUGAGCUCAAGAGGAAAAAAGAGUCUUAAAAUCUGCCAUGGUUUAUUAAAAGUGCAUGAAGAGUCCCAGCAAGCAGUGAACAGGACACACAGUCCCUGCUCGAUGGCAGAGCUGAAACCAUCAGCUCCUCACUCACAGCUCCUCUCAGGCAAAGGCUCAGGGCUGUCAAUCCUCAGCAGUGCCCAAAAACCUCGGAAUAACAAGGAGCAGGGGACAUCCACACUCUUGGUGUCACCUUACUCCACACAGCACCCUGCCCAGCAUGGCAUUUUGGGGGACUGUGCACUAAGAUGUACAACUUGCCAAGGAAGCUGAUUCUGAUUUUCCAGGGAUUUUAGGUUUUAGAUGUCAUGAGAACUAACACAAAAUGCAUCUCAAAACCAAGACUGAAGCCUUCACCACCUUCCUUGCAUCUGCUCUUUACAGUCACUGCACCUCCAUUCCUUCACCUGUACACACAAACUUACUAAUCUCUAGUAUUUAGGGAUAUCCAGGAGAAAAAGUGCUCUAAAAAGGAAAAACCUAAAUCAUACGUGUUUAUCCUGAGAACCUAUAAUCUAAUUUACAGCAGGAAUUAAGGUGGCAUCUAUGUUGUAGAAAGAAAACACUUUUCUGAAGUAAUUUAGAUACGCACUCUUAAGAGGAGUCAACACCUUGUAGCAGAGGCUCAGAUCACAUCUGCUCCUUACAGCCUGCACAGGAACUUCUGCCAAAAUCAUCAGCUAGAGAAACAGAAAGCCAGGAGUAAAACUAACUGAAGCACUACAAGCCAAAUUCUGGUCCCACUUAUCCUAUUGUGAAUUUCCCAUUUUCCCCCUCCAUUUACUUUGAAAUUUGUUCAUAAAAAAGAAAUAUUUACCCUAUGAGCACUAAUAAAUAAACUUGAAAGCAGUAGAUUUCUCUUUUCCAAUUACUGCAGGAGAGCCUUUAAACUGUUCCAGAUGCUGAAUGACUAAGAGAUGUCAAAUACAACACCUGGUUACUGAGAACUGCAGCUGUUUCCUCUGCAGACUACAUAACACAUCAUUUCUUCCCUUUAAAUAGUUUAUGCCAAGACAAAGAGCACAGUCUAAGGUAAUAUCACUCAGAAUAAAAACCGAGUUGCAAUCAGGUCAGGACUUUUGUUUACCCCUCUGGUUUCCCGUCAUCUCCACAGCAAGAAGGGUUCCAGAGACUAGUUCUUGUCUGGUUUUAACAAAGAUAUUUUCCUUACUUUAGAAGCACCUGAAACUCUUUCCUGUAGCCACUCAAUAUGCUCUUCAUGUCCCUAAGCAUAUAGAACACCUUUCCAGCCUUUGGCACAGUUUCUCAGCAGUACCUCCACGCUCCUGGAUGCACACCUGAAAUCCUGCCUGUGCAAGCACUAAAUGAAGCCACGCUGGAGGCAGGAGCAGGACUCCAGGGCACGUUGGGAUGUUCAUUUUCCCUUCUUUGUCUCACCAUACACACAGAGCACUCACAGUACACUAGACCCAGCAAACAAAAAGACAACACCCAACAUUUCUGGAAUUGUAACUUCAAGAACACGCCAGGAACAUCACUGUUCACUAAUGUUAUUGUGACUCUGCGCUGAAGGUCCUCAUGAAAGCAACUGUUUCAGAGCCAACAGUUUUUAAAGGAUCAAUAACAUCACAGUAUGGCUGUGUUGGAAAGGUUUGGAAAACAAAUUUUAGGUACUUAACACUACAUUUUCACUUUUCUCCUUAACAGUAGGACAGAGUCUGGAAGGAAUAAAAUAUAUUUUUUACUGCAAUAAAGUGAUCUUUCUGGCAAGAUGAGUAUCUUCCACAGCCCCACAGUUCUGGCUGCCUCUGUGCACUGACCAACAACUUGCCACACAAACGAGACCAGAUUAUUGAUAUCCUGGAAUGCCAGACAUAAAUGCAAACUGUGCUGAUCCUCAGUCCUAUGAGACACCUAUGAACCAUGGAAUAAAAUAUAAGUAUGGAUAACUUAAUCUAAAGUCUAUUUCUAUAAAUGUAGUUUAUAUCUCUUAACUAACCCCACGACUACCUAAUACAAUUAAAAACAUCAAUGAAUUGCCAAACAAGCUAAAAUCUGAGCAUGGCACCUUUUAGCCUCUUAUAAUAAAAAUAUCCAGUUAAGUGGAUAUUAAAAAGCAGCAUUUUAAUAUACUUCUAAUUUCCACCUGUUCCCACAGCACUGUAGAAAGAGUAAUUUUGCUCAGAUCCUGCUUUUCCAUCAGCUCUUUCUAAAACUGGAACUCCUUCAAGACAGUUUCAUGCUCAAUUGCACUUUCAGAACUGGGAACAACUUAGUAAAGAAAAAGUCCUCGAUUCCUUGAUAAAAUGCUCCUGUCUCUCUAAGCAGCUUUAGAGAGUAAGUCAAGGAACAGGCAAAUCUUGUCUGGGUUGGGAGUAAAAUCUUAGUCUUGCUAUAGUUGGGAGUAAAAUAAGAGUCAUUGCAAUUACACUGUGACAGGCUGUUGUGUACCUCUGGUAUCAGAAGUAUGGACAAAAA